UUCGGCGAGUACGCGCAGCUACGAGGCAUUGAAUGAAGGAAGCUACGGGUGGCGAGGGGAGACGCACAUAUUACAGACAAAAAAAGAGAUCCCUGCUUCCAUCGUUGGUCACGAACUCGUGCUAGUGAUCAGCUAUUCGUUCGAUCCACAUGAAAUCUUCCUGCCAAAUAAAAAGAACGGAAGAACUGGGACACAGCAGUUAGGGAUACAUAGAUAGCUUGCUAGGAGUAGCAGGCCAUGGCAGGAGGGAGGAAAGAUAGUCUGCGACCUGCGUCUAUGGGGGACGGUGUCGGUGGGAAGAUGAAAGGACUCAUCGAGAUCAACGAACAGCACGAGCAAGAUGUGAGGACCUGAGCGCAGCUGCAAGUUGGGGCGAUUCAGUCCAACGGAACCGUAGAGCCGGCAGGAAUUACUUCUGCUCGGAUGGGCGUGCUCUUGACUACAAGGCCGAACUGGUGAAGAUGGAAGCUGCUCUGGCAGAUGCCAAGCAAGGGAUGCCAAGUGACGCGUGGAAGCAGAAGACGAAGAAGACUGUCGCGACGACCACAUUCAACCCCGCGCACUUGAAGGACGCGCUUAGCCGUUGGGACGAAAAUAUGCUGGCUUUGAUCAGUGGGAUCCAGGAUGGAUUUGUGGAUGAGGCUGCUGACUUCAUGAUGUCAUCAAGAACAGGCGAUGAAUCUGGUGAAGGGGUGGGUGGGAGUGUAACAGAUUUGCUGAACUCCACUGGUGUGAGGUUCAAUGAACAACAAAUUGCAGUGUUGUCAAAGAUCUUCAGUAACUCUCUGGAGGCCAAGGAGACUGAAUUCAAGGCGAUGCAGGGGCAGAGCAAUUUGGCUAUCUAGGGUUCUGUCAAGAAAUGGACAAGCUAAAGGCUCGCAAGUACGUGGAGAUGAUACAACGCCUCGAGCGUCACGUUCUGAUCUCUCGUAGGGAGCUGGUAGACAAUUGCAUGACGCAGGCAAAGAGACUGAAAGUGGAUGAAGUCGGUGAAACAUCGUCUCAGACGGAGAGAGUGCUAGUCGGCGUGCCAGUCCUGGAUGGGAUGGUGAUGGGUGGGCGUGUCUUGCCGGUGACUCAGUCUAUUGAUUCCACCCCUGUGGUAUAUGAGACGUUAACACAGGCGGUGCGGGCUGAAGGGGAUUCAGUUGCCGGUGAUGGUAUAGAGGCCAUGCUAGGACAGAAACCAUCAUCAGAUUCUGCAGGUGAAAAAUUGAUUGCAAAAUUCAUGCAUGAUGGUACUGGUCCACAUGCUGGCAUGUUCCCAAACGUUGUUGACUUAUCCUCCCCUAUAGUGCUUGGGCUUUGUAUUGCAGGCACUGCAGGUGGUUGUUGUUGUUUGAACAAAGGUUCACCAAGAUUUGAUUCACCUGUAAGGUUCAACGAAACACCGAUAUGUGCAGCUAGCGGAAAAAGGAAUAGGAUCACUGCGAAAGCAGGGAACACAUGUGCUCCAUUGGGUUCAGCAGAAUGUGAAGCUGCGAAGGAAAUAAUGGAUAUGUCAAAGAGCGUGAGUAAAAUAAACUCCUGUGAACCUGGGGAAUCUCCAUUUGAGCUAGGACUGUGUCAGCAGCAACCAAGCAUUAGGGCAGCAAACAAAUUCCGGUCCAUACUAAUGGCAGCGUCUGUAACUGAACUGCAAAGGAUAUGGUUCAAACACCUGGUUCCUGCUGAUUUGGAACUAAUUGGUCAUGCCUUGAAAAUGAUGUUCGGGGGUGACGGGUGUUGGGGGAACAACGAAAUGGACGCGGCUACACGCUUGUUCGCAGAGAUGGAUGCAGAGAUGAUGGCUGGCAUAGAUGCCCCUACAUGGAGGCAUUUGGUGUCUCUCGUUUUUUCGGCGGAUAUGUCGGUCAUGAGGGACGUUGACGGUACGAAUGGGUAUAUAGAAAUGUUCAAAGGGUGCAAGUACCAGUAUGACAUCAACGGAUGCAGGAUGAUAAUGUGUCUAGUGCAACUGGAUUCAGCAUGGUGCCUCUACGUGUUCGACCAAGUUAAGAAAAUGUUGUCGGCACCUGAUCCUAUAUACACAGAUAAAUCAUCAGAUAGAUGUAGAAUGAAACACCACAUCACAAUUUCAAGGCUGUCUAUUGCGUUGAAAAAUGUGGGAAAGUUGUUAGGAAAUUCCUGGGUAAUUGAUCCUAAAGCUUGGCAGAUAAAGUUCAACAGUAAAAUGCAUCGUCAGUGCCAGAACAGGACGUUGACUGGGAGCUAUGUAAUAUACUACGCAAGGGAAUUUGAUGGGGAAGGGAUUGCGCAUGUGCCCACGGAGGUUGAAUUGCAGGAAAUCAACGCAUCAACCGUGAAUGGAAUAGCUGGCAUGAAGGGCAACCUGGCUACCAAUCCAAGUUUCGCUCCAUACUGUUGUGGAGUGGAAGUUCUACGCAUAAUCAAACACUGUACCAUGAGACCUAAGUGAUAUUUAAUACCUAUCGUUCGAUUAGAUUAAGAACUGCUUACUAGAAGGACAUGGCAUGUUAGCUCUGUUUUUUCAAUGAAUGAUCAGUGAUGUGUGGUACGACUAAACUAUUGUAAUGUCUGAAUGGUAGUGAACUGUGGGUGUGAUGUGAUUACGUUGGCUA